UCGCUCCAUCGCUAAAUUCGCGCAUUCCGCACCAUCCGAUCAUUCAUACGGGAUAAGGGACGGUCGUUUUCUGUGCCUGGGAAUGAGGGGGACGGCCAAGAAGCAGGACUGUCGGAAUCGGAAUCGGAACCUGUCACCGUCUACUACCGCAACAGCUACUGCCAACACCACCACCACUGCUGCCGCUACUCCCGCUAGUCUGCCUGAUCGUCGACGACUUCGCGCAUCAGCGUCUCACAUACUACCACACCACCAUGAGUCCCUUCCCAGCUGACCACGCGGUGGCGGCGCCGCUGUCGUCAUUCUCCGCGUCCGUCGCUGGGCGCUUUGCCAGAAGGGCUUUCCGCAUCUUGACUCGCGCCGACGAAGUCGAUCCUUGCCAUCCGCGGCCUAACAUUGACCUCUGCGAGAAGCCCAACGCGAGCAAUAGCACCACCGCAAUCGUCGUCGGUACCUUGGGCGGCCUCCUCGCAUUCGUCACCAUCGCAACCCUCGUCAUACUCCACAUCCGGCACCAGAGGAAGGACGAGCGCGAGUGGCCCAAGAACAGCCAGCAGGAGCUCGACGACUACGGUGUCGGGCCCAUGCCGGCGGCGCCCCCCAAGUCCAAGAGCGCGUACCAGAAGCCGCGCGCCGACGCGGACGACGGCGCCGAUUACCUCCCUCCUCCCCGCCGCCGGGACUCGCUGCAGUCCCUGGCGCGCUCGAUCCGCGGCACCGACUCCGCGUAUCGGUCGCGCCCCGACGAUACCUCGCACGCCAUGAAGCCCGUCGAGCCGCUGAGCCAGGUUUAGAAGUCAGAGAGAGCAAGAAGGGGGGGAAGGGGGGGGGCGAUGAGAAGCUGCCGGACCUGGUCCGGAGUUGGAUAAAAGCCGAGCUGGGUCAAAUCUAAAGCGGAACUGGUUCCGGCUAUCGCAAAAAGAUGCGCCUAUCUUCACUCCAGCGUGUCGUCGAUAUAUGUGUUACUGUCGUUAUGUAUAUUGCGUGUGU